AUGAAGAGAAAAACCCUGACUCACCGGAUCUCAACGGGUAAUAUUGUGAAGGCACUAUGGGUGUCUCUUCCUUCUCCCACAAAUCCAGUGAUCCUGGGGAAUCUCUACCGGGCUCUAAAUCCGACCUUUUCAGGAAGGCUUUAUCUUCACUUCCCUGUUAAGACCGAUGCUUUCUGGACAAGGCCAUAUUUCUUUCCUAGCAAAUUAAUGAUUAUGCAAACCUGAUAAAUAUUUAUGAAGAAAACUGAUUUAAAGCUUUAGAUGAUAUCAGAAGCACUGAAAGAUAUAUUUUUGCAUUUAAACAAUGAUAGUGACUUUUACAUUAAUUACAACUUUUUGAUUGGCAAUAAACUAUAAAAUUAUUUGCAAAACACUAACUCUCUCUUCUCUGUGAGCAGAAAAGAUCAUGAGUUUUGGAAAUGAAGAGAAAGCAAAAUUUAUACAUGUAAAUUUAAUAAAAUUUCUAAGUUAUCUAUUAAAUUUUAG